AAGGUUGAGAACAUCCGAUGGUAGCCAUAGCAUCCAAGUCCAUGGCUUCCCAUGCGCUUCUCUUCCUCGCCGUGACACUUGUGCUCGCGGCUUCAGUGUGGGCCCAGGGACAGUCCGCACCCGCACCAGCUCCGGCGCCUGCAUCGAGACCAGCUCGAACACCAUCCCCGACACCAGCACCGACACCAGCUCGAACACCAUCCCCGACACCUGCACCGACACCAGCUCGAACACCAGCCCCGACUCCUGCACCGACCCCUACUCCGACACCUGCACCAACGCCUGCACCUACUCCUGCACCAACCCCCACUCCGACGCCUACUCCUACGCCGACACCGACCCCAGCACCAACACCUGCACCAACCCCCACUCCGACGCCUACUCCUACGCCGACACCUACCCCAGCACCAACACCUGUACCGACCCCUACUCCCACACCGGCUCCAACCCCAGUGCCAACUCCGACCCCAACCCCAACUCCUGCACCGACCCCUACUCCGACACCUGCACCAACACCUGCACCUACUCCUGCACCAACCCCCGCUCCGACGCCUGCUCCUACGCCGACACCGACCCCAGCACCAACACCUGUACCGACCCCUACUCCCACUCCGGCUCCCACGCCGGCUCCAACCCCUGCACCAACACCGACUCAUGAACUGACCCCUAAUCCGACACCUGCACCAACGCCUGCACCUACUCCUUCACCAACCCCCGCUCCGACACCUGCUCAUACGCCGACACCAACCCCAACACCAACACCUGCACCGACCCCUACUCCCACGCCGGCUCCGACCCCUGCACCGACACCGGCUCCUGCUCCCACACCUACACCAACGCCUGCUCCCACACCUGUUCCACAGCCGCCCACAAAGACACCUCCACCGCCGCCCAAAAAGACACCGCCACCCAAAAAGACACCUCCACCGCCGCCCAAAAAGACACCGCCACCCACAAAGACACCUCCACCGCCGCCCAAAAAGACACCGCCGCCCACAAAGACACCUCCACCGCCGCCCAAAAAGACACCUCCACCGCCGCCAUCCUGCCCUACCGACUUCAAAAACAUAUUUGAUUUUAAAAUAGCCAUUUUUAAGUACGCUGAACAAGGCAUUCUUCUUGUGCCUGUCCCUAAUAGCCUGCAGAUCAUCAUUGGAAAGCUCCCUGUCCCACCCUUCGUCAAAGCAAGGUGUUUGUGCUAUGGCCGCACCCUUUUCGGGAUCCUCAUCGGCGACAUAACAUGCGCGAGGGGAUGAACAUGAGCGUGCAUGGAUAUGCUCCGAUCCUUUGCGCAGCAUAAAUUAAAUAAUGUGCACCAGCUGCGCAGCUAUCUACUCGUGCAUGCUACUCGAUCUAUAUUAUAUGUGCAUGCAAGUGUCAUCUGCAUGCGUGCUGCGGGCGUUAAGCUGGAGUUGACCAGCUGCUUCCGUAUUGUGUGACAAGGUUUAUUGUUGUAUGUGUGCUCAAAUACAAAAACAAAAUAUAUAUUGCUUACUGGAAA